CCAGGCCGCCGGCGGCCAGCGCGGCCAGCCGGAGCAGAUGAGCCUGAUCCGCCGGUCGGACGCGCCCGGCCAGCCCAGGCCAGACUGGCACCCGCCGUGGAAGCUGAUGCGGGUCAUCUCGGGCCACCUGGGCUGGGUGCGCGCGCUGGCCGUCGAGCCGGACAACAAGUGGUUCGCUAGCGGGGCGGGAGAUCGGAAUAUCAAGAUCUGGGACAUGGCGACGGGCUCGUUGAGACUGACCCUCACCGGUCACAUCUCCACCGUGAGGGGCCUCGCUGUCUCCCCUCGUCACCCAUAUCUUUUCAGCUGUGGAGAGGACAAGAUGGUUAAAUGUUGGGACCUUGAGACGAAUAAGGUGAUACGGCAUUAUCACGGGCAUCUUAGCGGCGUGUAUACCAUGGCGCUGCACCCGACGCUGGACGUGCUGGUCACGGGGGGGCGGGAUGGCGUGGCCAGGGUGUGGGACAUGCGGACCAGGGCCAACGUCCACGUGCUAUCCGGGCACACGGGGACGGUCUCGGACCUCAAGUGCCAGGAGGCGGACCCGCAGGUCAUCACGGGCUCGCUCGACUCGACGGUCCGGCUGUGGGACCUCGCGGCGGGCAAGACGAUGGGGGUCCUGACCCACCACAAGAAGGGCGUUCGCGCGCUCGCCACGCACCCGACCGAGUUCACGUUCGCGUCGGGCAGCACGGGCAGCAUCAAGCAGUGGAAGUGCCCCGAGGGCGCCUUCAUGCAGAACUUUGAGGGCCACAACGCCAUCAUCAACACCCUCUCCGCCAACCACGAGAACGUCCUCUUCUCCGGCGGCGACAACGGGUCCAUGAGCUUCUGGGACUGGAAGUCCGGCUACCGCUUCCAGGCCCAGGACACGGUCGCCCAGCCCGGCUCGCUCGACGCCGAGUCCGGCAUCAUGAGCUCCGUCUUCGACCACUCGGGCACGCGGCUGAUCUGCGGCGAGGCCGAUAAGACUAUCAAAAUUUGGAAGCCUGAUAAUGAAGCGACCCCGGAAACGCAUCCCAUUGUUUGGAAACCGACUAUGGCGAGACGGAAAUUCUAGAAGGUUGGAGGUUAGGAGUUGGGUGUCUGGCUUCAAAAUUGAGCGAUUGUGCUUGCUUGUAUGUACAUUUCUGUAAUGUGUGCGUGUCUGCACAGGACAAAGAGGGAUGGAUCACGGAAGUAGAUAGAAAACACCCAAUGCAUCCUCAGGCCGUCCUUCCUAAUCUACACUGGGA